AUGAUCGCCUUAAUAGCAUCAUGCUUAUACUCAAUUUGGCACGUCCGUUGAUUGGCGCCGUCACUGGAAUUUAUUUGAGAAAAAAUCCAUUAUUUAAUAAAUGCAGGAGCAGGGGAAAAAAUGUUUUAUGCUAAGCGUCGGCACAAUAACCCUUUAAUUUCUAGGUGCCGCCAUCAAUACGCAGAAAGCGUAUGCUCAGGCAAACAGCGUAAUAUUGAAAUGGAAGAAGGACAAGCAAUCACCUCAGAUACUAGCUUCUAUGAUAAGUGUAAGGCUUAUUUAAAUGUUGAGGAUCCAGAAAGAUAUAAUUAUUAUGAGUUUAAAGCAUUGAUUGAACGUCGUAUCAACCGCAGAGGUGAUUUCGACUAUGAAAUAGGAAGCAUAUUUCGUACUAAUGCAGAUUGCUAUGAAAUACCUGACGAAGAAGAUAAUCUUUUAACAAAUAUCACUGCGGCUAUUUAUAUGAUUUUAAAAGAAAAAGAGAUAUAUUUAGGUAUAGAUGAUUUAAAGAAUACCGUUUAUACAUAUUUAAGUGAAGCUGCAGGAGUAGAAAGGUCUGAAGACAUAUGGAUUUUUCUAGAGAAUUAUAAUUUAUAUGCAUACUCGAAAUAUUUUUUCUCUAUUCUUUUCAGCUUUUCGUUUUGUGAUUUUAUUUAAUCUAAUACAAAAUAAUUUAUAAA